UCAGUGGCCAUUUGCAGGUAGCACCGCCUCACCGGAAGUGGUCUGUCAGUCUCGCCGUGUCCUUUAGCCCGCCGGGAGGAUAAAGAUGUUUCAUGUUUGAAGCCUAAAGACACUUUCCAGGCCGCUGUAGACAUCAGCACAAUGUUGCGUGUCGCCACUAAAGGCAAAUGCAUGGCGUGCAGGAUUGUGGUCCCCAGCAGGACGGGCCUCAGGUUCCGGGUCCCUCUUCAGAAGCUGUAUCCUCUGUACCGGACCAUCCACCACCGUUACCAUGGCAACAGCAACUCUCAGCGACCUCCUCAUCGGCACUUCACCUCCCUGUCACGUUUGCCCGUGAGGCCCCCGAGGGCCCGCGGCCAGCAGCAUCAGCAUCAUCAGCAGCGUGACUUCUGGGUGGGCCGACUGGCUGCCAAGCUGCUGAAGCUGCGCUACAUCGUGCUGGGCAGCGCCGUGGGUGGAGGCUACACCGCCAAGAAGACCUACGACCAGUGGAAGGACCUGAUGCCGGACUUCAGCCAGUACGACUGGAUGCUUCCGGACUUCUUGUGGGAACUCAGUGAACAACUAGACCUGGAGAAAGUGGUCAAAGCGCUACCAGAGAUGGAGGAAUUAGCCAAACUACUCCCUGACUUUGAGAAGAUAGGAGAGAACUUCACUUUCCUCAAAAGCCUCCUGACCUCUGGUUUGAGUUUGGGUAGUGAAGUCAAAGGAGCUUCUGGUCUGCAUCUGUUGUUAGAACCUUCUGGGGAUGCUCCACUCAAAGCUACCGACUCCUCCACUGCAGCCUCACAGGAUGACAAGCAGUACAAGAAGGGUCUGCUCGGCGAGCUCAUUCUUAUUCAGCAGCAGAUCCAGCAGCACGAGGAGGAAGUCCGGCGGGCGGCCGCGGCCAAUUAUACGCCACCCAGUCCGCCAGAACCUGCGCCUCCCAACCCCGGCCCCCCUCAUCACACACGCAAGUCGUCCGAUAAGGAAAAAGUGGAUCAGCUCCAAGAGGAACUGCUCCGUACUCAGCUGAAGUACCAGCGCAUGUUGGAGAGACUAGAGAAGGAGAACAAGGAGUUGAGGAAAGUGGUUCUGCAGAAAGACGAUAAAGGAAUCCACCAAAGAAAAGUCAAGAAGUCUCUCAUCGACAUGUACUCUGAAGUCUUGGACAUCCUGUCCGACUACGACGCCAACUACAACACCCAGGACCAUCUACCCAGGGUGGUGGUGGUAGGGGACCAGAGUGCUGGUAAGACCAGUGUGCUGGAGAUGAUCGCGCAGGCCAGGAUCUUCCCCAGAGGCUCUGGGGAGAUGAUGACACGUUCCCCUGUUAAGGUGACGCUGAGUGAGGGUCCCCACCAUGUGGCCUUGUUCAAGGACAGCGGGCGGGAGUUCGACCUGACCAAGGAGGAAGACCUGGCUGCUCUCAGGCACGAGAUCGAGCUGCGGAUGAGGAAGAGCGUGAGGGAGGGACAGACCGUCAGUUCUGAGACCAUAUCCUUGAGUGUCAAAGGACCCGGCAUCCAGAGAAUGGUUCUUGUUGAUCUGCCAGGUGUCAUCAGUACGGUGACUGCAGGCAUGGCAUCGGACACCAAGGAGACCAUCUUCAGCAUCAGCAAGGCCUACAUGCAGAACCCCAACGCCAUCAUCCUGUGCAUACAAGACGGCAGCGUGGAUGCAGAGCGCAGCAUUGUCACGGACUUGGUCAGUCAGAUGGACCCCCACGGCAAGAGGACCAUCUUUGUGUUGACCAAAGUGGACCUGGCUGAGAAGAACCUGGCCAGCCCGAGCAGAAUUCAGCAGAUCGUUGAGGGCAAGUUGUUUCCCAUGAAGGCGCUGGGUUACUUUGCAGUGGUGACAGGAAAAGGGAGCCCCGGGGAGAGCAUUGACUCCAUUAAGGACUACGAGGAGGACUUCUUCCAGAACUCCAGAUUGCUGCGGGACGGAAUGCUGAAGGCCCACCAGGUCACCACCAAGAACUUGAGUCUGGCCGUCUCAGACUGCUUCUGGAAGAUGGUGCGGGAGUCUGUUGAGCAGCAGGCCGACGUCUUCAAAGCAUCCCGCUUCAACCUGGAGACGGAGUGGAAGAACAACUACCCUCGCCUGAGAGAACUGGACCGGAAUGAACUUUAUGAAAAGGCAAAGAAUGAAAUAUUGGAUGAAGUCAUUAGCUUGAGUCAAGUGACCCCGCAGCACUGGGAAGCCAUCCUGCAGAAGAAGCUGUGGGAGCGUGUGUCCACACACGUGAUUGAGAAUAUCUACCUGCCCGCUGCUCAAACCAGCGACUCUGGCACCUUCAACACCACCGUGGACAUCAAACUCAAGCAGUGGACGGACAAGCAGCUGCCACACAAAGCUCUGGAGGUGGCCUGGGAGACCCUGCAGGAGGAGUUUGCUGGCUUCAUAGCGGAGUACAAAGGCAAAGACCAGGAUGACAUUUUUGACAAGCUGAAGGAGGCGGUGAAGGACGAGAGCAUCAAGAGGCACAAGUGGAACGAGGGGGCCAAGGACAGCCUGAGAGUCAUCCAGCACAACGCUCUAGAAGACCGCUCCAUCACAGACAAACCUCAGUGGGACGCUGCCAUCCAGUUCAUGGAGGAGACCUUGCAGUCCCGCCUGAAAGACACUGAAACGGUCAUCGCUGACAUGGUGGGGCCAGACUGGAAGCAGAGGUGGAUGUACUGGAAGAACCGAACACCUGACCAGCACAUACGGAAUGAAACCAAAACGGAGCUGGAGCGCCUACUGAAGCUGCACGACGAGCACACGGCCUACCUGGCCAACGACGAGGUCACCACAGUCAGGAAGAACCUGGAAGGACGGUCGGUGGAAGUGGACCCCAUGCUGAUCAAAGACACCUGGCACCAGCUUUACAGACGCCACUUCCUGCAGAAGGCGCUGUCCCACUGCAGCCUGUGCAAGCGCGGCUUCUACUACUACCAGAGACACUUUGUGGACUCUGAGCUGGAGUGCAACGACGUGGUUCUCUUCUGGAGGAUCCAGAGGAUGCUGCUCAUCACCGCCAACACGCUCCGACAGCAGCUCACCAACACGGAAGUGCGCCGCCUGGAGAAGAACGUGAAGGAGGUGCUGGAUGACUUUGGAGAAGACACGGAGCAGAAGUGUCACCUGAUCACCGGUCGCAGGGUCCAGCUGGCGGAGGAUCUCAAGAAAGUACGCGAGAUCCAGGAGAAGUUAGAAGCCUUCAUAGAAGCCCUCCACAAGGAGAAAUAAAAGAAGCAGCUGCUUUCCAGAAGUCUUCAUUUUGCACUGAAAGACAAAAGUAGACAUGUGACUUUUCCCAAUGUUGUUGAAAAUUCACCUGACCUGCUCAAAGACCCAGGGAAGGACGCAAACAUGUUUACAGACUUUCUCUCGGAGGACACUUUGGUUUUGGGGGCGGGACCUGGCAUGUCCCCCAACACAGAAGAGAAACUUCACGCAUGUUUAGUUGCACUCAAAGUCCAAAUUUGCCCAUCAAACCUUUGGGAUUAUUUCAUUAUGUCGGUCAAAGUGAGACACGUUUAUGUCGAGGUGGACUAGAAAGGGUCCACUUCAGUUGACAUAAGUGGUGUACAGCAAAACCCUGUCCGCUUCUGUUGCUGUGAUGGUAAUCAGCGGUGAGUGACCCCCCCACCCCCUCUCGGUGACAGUCUGCUACAGCCGCUUAUGUCAACAUGGAUCUGGCAGUUCGUCGACUUAAACGGCUUGCUGUGUAAAUAUUGUUGUCUUUGUGUGUGUGGCACAUUUUCACAGUCAUGUAAAUAUGAUUAUUGGAGCAUCGUUCAUCACGGGGAAUGUGAUCAUGCUCACUUCUGCUCGUUGAUUCUGUAAAUGUUGGACAUCCUGCUGAGACAUACGUCCCAUAACUACAUAAUUCACUGCAUGAGACACUCAUACAUCACAAACAUAAUCUAAUAACUCCAUAAUUCAAUUCAUGACACAGUCAAACGUCACAAACAUAAUCUAUUAACUGCAUAUUUCACUACAUGACACAGUCACACAUCACAAACAUAAUCAUAAAUAUGUCUAAUAACUCCAUAUUUCACUACAUGACAGUCAAACAUAAUCAUAAAUAUGUCUAAUAACUCCAUAUUUAACUACAUGACACAGUCACACAUCACAAACAUAAUCAUAAAUGUCUAAUAACUCCAUAUUUCACUACAUGACAGUCGAACAUAAUAGCUCCAAAUUACACGACAUGACGCAGUCAAACAUCACAAAUAAAAUCAGAUAUAUAUGUCUAAUUACUGCAUAUUUUACUACAUGACACAGUCACACAUCACAAACAUAAUCAUAAAUGUAUAACUCCAUAUUUCACUACAUGACAGUCAAACAUAAUCAUAAAUAUGUCUAAUAGCUCCAAAUUACAGGACAUGACGCAGUCAAACAUCACAAAUAUAAUCAUAAAUAUGUCUAAUUACUGCAUAUUUUACUACAUGACACAGUCACACAUCACAAACAUAAUCAUAAAUAUGUCUAAUAAUUCCAUAUUUCACUACAUGACAGUCAAACAUAAUCAUAAAUAUGUCUAAUAGCUCCAAAUUACACGACAUGACGCAGUCAAACAUCACAAAUAUAAUCAUAAAUAUGUCUAAUUACUGCAUAUUUCACUACAUGACACAGUUACACAUCACAAACAUAAUCAUAAAUAUGUCUAAUAAUUCCAUAUUUCACUACAUGACAGUCAAACAUAAUCAUAAAUAUGUCUAAUAAUUCCAUAUUUCACUACAUGACAGUCAAACAUAAUCAUAAAUAUGUCUAAUAACUCCAAAUUACACGACAUGACGCAGUCAAACAUCACAAAUAUAAUCAUAAAUAUGUCUAAUUACUGCAUAUUUCACUACAUGACACAGUUACACAUCACAGACAUAAUCAUAAAUAUAUCUUAUAAUUCCAUACUUCACUACAUGACAUAGUCAAACAUCACAAACAUAAAUAUGUCUUAUAACUCCAAAUUUUUACUACAUGACAGUCAAACAUAAUCAUAAAUAUGUCUAAUAGCUCCAUAUUUAACGACAUGACCCAGUCAAACAUCACAAACAUAAUCAUAAAUAUGUCUAAUAACUCCAUAUUUAACUACAUGACACAUAUUGACACAUAUUUAACUACAUGACACAGUCACACAUCACAAACAUAAUCAUAAAUAUGUCUAAUAACUCCAAAUUACACGACAUGACGCAGUCAAACAUCACAAAUAUAAUCAUAAAUAUGUCUAAUUACUGCAUAUUUUACUACAUGACACAGUCACACAUCACAAACAAUCAUAAAUAUGUCUAAUAACUCCAUAUUUCACUACAUGACAGUCAAACAUAAUCAUAAAUAUGUCUAAUAACUCCAAAUUACACGACAUGACGCAGUCAAACAUCACAAAUAUAAUCAUAAAUAUGUCUAAUUACUGCAUAUUUUACUACAUGACACAGUCACACAUCACAAACAUAAUCAUAAAUGUCUAAUAACUCCAUAUUUCACUACAUGACAGUCAAACAUAAUCAUAAAUAUGUCUAAUAGCUCCAAAUUACAUGACAUGACGCAGUCAAACAUUACAAAUAUAAUCAUAAAUAUGUCUAAUUACUGCACAUUUCAUCACAUGACACAGUCACACAUCACAAAUAUAAUCAUAAAUAUGUCUAAUUACUGCACAUUUCAUCACAUGACACAGUCACACAUCACAAACAUAAUCAUAAAUGUGUCUAAUAAAUCCAAAUUACACGACAUGACGCAGUCAAACAUCACAAAUAUAAUCAUAAAUAUGUCUAAUUACUGCAUAUUUCACUACAUGACACAGUCACACAUCACAAACAUAAUCAUAAAUAUAUCUUAUAGUUCCAUACUUCACUACAUGACAGUCAAACAUCACAAACAUAAAUAUGUCUAAUAACUCCAAAUUUUUACUACAUGACAGUCAAACAUAAUCAUAAAUAUGUCUAAUAAUUCCAUAUUUCACUACAUGACAGUCAAACAUAAUCAUAAAUAUGUCUAAUAACUCCAAAUUACACGACAUGACGCAGUCAAACAUCACAAAUAUAAUCAUAAAUAUGUCUAAUUACUGCAUAUUUCACUACAUGACACAGUUACACAUCACAGACAUAAUCAUAAAUAUAUCUUAUAAUUCCAUACUUCACUACAUGACAUAGUCAAACAUCACAAACAUAAAUAUGUCUUAUAACUCCAAAUUUUUACUACAUGACAGUCAAACAUAAUCAUAAAUAUGUCUAAUAGCUCCAUAUUUAACGACAUGACCCAGUCAAACAUCACAAACAUAAUCAUAAAUAUGUCUAAUAACUCCAUAUUUAACUACAUGACACAUAUUGACACAUAUUUAACUACAUGACACAGUCACACAUCACAAACAUAAUCAUAAAUAUGUCUAAUAACUCCAAAUUACACGACAUGACGCAGUCAAACAUCACAAAUAUAAUCAUAAAUAUGUCUAAUUACUGCAUAUUUUACUACAUGACACAGUCACACAUCACAAACAAUCAUAAAUAUGUCUAAUAACUCCAUAUUUCACUACAUGACAGUCAAACAUAAUCAUAAAUAUGUCUAAUAACUCCAAAUUACACGACAUGACGCAGUCAAACAUCACAAAUAUAAUCAUAAAUAUGUCUAAUUACUGCAUAUUUUACUACAUGACACAGUCACACAUCACAAACAUAAUCAUAAAUGUCUAAUAACUCCAUAUUUCACUACAUGACAGUCAAACAUAAUCAUAAAUAUGUCUAAUAGCUCCAAAUUACAUGACAUGACGCAGUCAAACAUUACAAAUAUAAUCAUAAAUAUGUCUAAUUACUGCACAUUUCAUCACAUGACACAGUCACACAUCACAAAUAUAAUCAUAAAUAUGUCUAAUUACUGCACAUUUCAUCACAUGACACAGUCACACAUCACAAACAUAAUCAUAAAUGUGUCUAAUAAAUCCAAAUUACACGACAUGACGCAGUCAAACAUCACAAAUAUAAUCAUAAAUAUGUCUAAUUACUGCAUAUUUCACUACAUGACACAGUCACACAUCACAAACAUAAUCAUAAAUAUAUCUUAUAGUUCCAUACUUCACUACAUGACAGUCAAACAUCACAAACAUAAAUAUGUCUAAUAACUCCAAAUUUUUACUACAUGACAGUCAAACAUAAUCAUAAAUAUGUCUAAUAGCUCCAUAUUUAACGACAUGACCCAGUCAAACAUCACAAACAUAAUCAUAAAUAUGUCUAAUAGCUCCAUAUUUAACGACAUGACCCAGUCAAACAUCACAAACAUAAUCAUAAAUAUGUCUAAUAACUCCAAAUGUCACAACAUGACACAAACACAAUCAUAAUUAUGUCCUAUAACUCCAUAUUUAACUACUUUACACAGUCAAACAUCACAAACAUAAUCAUAAAUCUGUCAAAUAACUGCAUAUUUCACUACAUGACACAAUUACACAUCACACACACGGUGGUCCAACAGCUCCGGAGUAUGUUUCCGCAUGGUGGUCCAACAGAAGAAUCACGUCUGCAUCCCAUCUUUAUUUAUUGCAUUUGUCUUCAAAAGAAAAAUAAAAUUGACAAAAGCAA